CCUGGUUUACUUGUUCAAAAGUUAGAUUGCAAAUUGCAACCCCUAACACAGACCCAGCUCAAUACUGCACUCCUUUCUCUGCCUCAGAUACUAGAAUUUUUUGGUGAGAAAGGAAGAAGAAGAAGAAAAAGAGGCUGUGAAGAGAGAUGGGAAAGAAGAACAAAGUGAAGGAGAAUGGAGGCAAAGAGCACUGCCCCUCUACACUUUUUGUCUCCAACUUACCCUAUUCCUUUUCCAAUUCUCAGUUGGAGGAGACGUUCAGUGAGAUUGGACCUGUGAGGCGUUGCUUUAUGGUCACACAGAAAGGGUCAGCGCAGCAUCGUGGUUUCGGUUAUGUCCAAUUUGCUGUUGAGGAAGAUGCCAAUCGUGCUAUUGAGCUGAAGAAUGGUAUGUCUGUUGAAGGCCGUAAAAUUGGAGUGAAGCAUGCAAUGCCUCGUCCAACUCGUGAGAAACGAAAUUCAAAACCAAAUAAAGCUGGAACACCAGAUGAUCUUGUGAAACCAAAAGGUGAUGAUGUAAACGACAGUAAAUCAUCUGGAACAGAGAAGCAUGUUUCAGUUUUGAAGGAAGAAGUACAAGUCACAAGUAAACAAAAAAAAAAGAACCCAAUGGAAACGAAAAAAUCAGCUCUUUGUAAUGAUGUCGCAGAUGAUGGUGGUUGCUCAGAAAAACAGAGGGUUUCUAGAACUGUUAUAUUUGGUGGCCUCAAGGAUUCUGAUAUGGCUGAAGAAGUUCACAGCCAAGCCAGAGAGAUUGGCACUGUGUGUUCCAUUAACUACCCUCUUUCAAGAAAAGAUCUUGAGAAACAUGGUCUCAUGCAAGAUGGCUGUACCAUGGAUGCCUCGUCUAUACUUUAUACAAGUGUAAAAUCAGCUCGACUUUCUGUUGCAAUGUUGCACAAAAAAGUGAUAAGAGGAGAAACAAUUUGGGCCCGCCAAUUGGGUGGAGAGGGCUCCAAGACUCAGAAAUGGAAGCUUAUUGUCAGAAACCUUCCUUUCAAGGCAAAAGAUACUGAAAUAAGCGAUAUGUUUUCAUCUGCUGGAUAUGUGUGGGACGUAUUUAUUCCACAAAAGUCAGACACAGGUCUGUCUAAGGGCUUUGCAUUUGUAAAAUUCACCUGCAAGCAAGAUGCAGAAAAUGCCAUUCAAAAGCUGAAUGGGUCGAAGUUUGCAAAACGAGUCAUAGCUGUUGAUUGGGCUGUUCCAAAGAAGAUAUUUAGUAGUGAUAUGAAUGAUACUCGUGCUUCAGAGAAAGAAGAAGUCUUGAGUGAUGAAGAUAGUGAUGAGGAGGAUGUGGAGCUUGUUGAUAAAAGAUCUGGCCAAGGAGAUGAUAAUGAUACAAACCACUCUAGUGCCAUGGUGGAAGAGGGAGCUCCUCCUGAAGAUAAUUUUGAUAAGGAGGCAGACGUUGCAAGAAAGGUUCUUAACAACUUGCUUGGAUCCUCAAGCAAAGGAACAUCUGAGAACAAUGAUUCUAUUUUGUCCAAAGAAAACAAAGAGUCAAGACCUGAUGAAGUUGUUAAGGAUGCGGAUGGAAAAGUAUCUGAUGACAUGGAAAAGGUUUCAGGUGCUUCUAAGCCUGACAUUUCCAGCAUAAACAAUUUAUCUAGUCCUAAGGGAACAGAAGAAGAUUUGCAGAGAACAGUUUUUAUAAGUAAUCUUCCCUUUGAAUGUGAUAAUGAAGAAGUAAAACAACGAUUUGCUGGGUUUGGAGAAGUAGAAUACUUUGCUCCUGUUCUUCACCAAGUUACCAAGCGACCAAGAGGAACCGGUUUUCUAAAGUUUAAAACUGUAGAAGCAGCUAAUGCUGCAAUUUCAGCUGCUAUUGCUGCUUCCGGGACAGGUAUUUUGCUGAAGGGUAGACUGUUGAAAGUUUUAAAGGCUUUGGAUAAGAAAUCAGCACAUGACAAGGAACUGGAGAAAGCAAAAAAUGAGGUUAAUGACCACCGGAAUCUUUACUUGGCAAAGGAGGGACUUAUUCUUGAGGGAACUACAGCUGCUGAAGGGGUUUCAGCCAGUGAUAUGUUAAAACGCCAAGAGUUGGAGAGAAAAAAGAAGACAAAGCUUCAAUCUCCAAAUUUUCAUGUUUCAAGAACUAGACUCAUUAUCUACAACUUACCCAAGUCAAUGAAUGAGAAAGAACUCAAGAAGCUUUGCAUUGAUGCAGUCAUCUCCAGAGCUACCAAGCAAAAACCUGUAAUUCGGCAGAUAAAGUUUUUGAAAAAUGAUAAGAACGGAAAGGUAGCUCAAGAACGCUAUUCACGGGGAGUUGCCUUUGUUGAAUUUUCUGAGCAUCAGCAUGCCCUUGUGGCUCUGAGAGUUCUCAACAAUAAUCCUGAAACAUUUGGUGCUGAACAUCGACCAAUCGUGGAGUUUGCUCUUGAUAAUGUUCAAACACUUAAACUUCGGAAGGCAAAGCUGCAAUUUCAGCAGCAGGCUCCUCAAGAUGACAACAAUGACAUGGAAAAUGACAAACCUGGCAAGAAAGAAGAUCACAGAGAGGACAGAAAACGAAAGUCUAGAGAGCAUGGUGAACCGACAAAGGAAGCAGUAGUGAAUUCAAAUGGUGAAUCAGGUGAUACACUGGCAAAUGGAAAAUCCAAAAGACAGAAAGGCAACAAAAAGAGCAAAAGGGCACUGAAAGAAAAUCCAGAAGCCUUGUCCAUGAAGCCAAAGAAUAACCAAAAUGGCCAGAAAAAUGGUGGUGCAUCAGUUGAAGAUCAAAACACUGCUGCUUCCACUAACAGAAGAAAAUCAGGAAAGAAAGAUGAUGAUACUGGGUUUAGAAAAAGAAAGAUGCAGAAUCAAGAACAAGAAGCAGGGCAUAAGGUGGUUUCUAAGAAACGGCCUAAGAAGAAUAAAGAUUCAGUAGGGAAGGACGUAGUAGACAAGCUUGACAUGCUAAUAGAACAAUAUAGAUCCAAGUUCUCACACAAAGGUUCCCAAGAUAAUGGAGAGAAAAAGCCUUCAAAACAGCUUAGGAAAUGGUUCCAAUCAUAGUUACUUUUUCUUUUUGGUUCAUAUGAAUUUUGUUACCUGUAUUAUGUUCUUACUGCCUUAGAAAAAGUUUAAGCAAUGUAACAUUAGUUGCACCAUAUCUUAUGUUGUUUUUCCUUUUUGUCCCUACCAAGAUUUCAAAUGCUGAUAAUUUUUCUGGAAUUUUUUGCUGUUUGUGUUUGAGGAACGUGUAUGCAAAAUAUCUAACAGAUUAAACCA